GAGAUUGGCGAAACAUGUCAGUAGACCUAUACGGUGCUAAUGAAGAAAUAAGAAGAGCAUCUUUACUGUUUGGGAAUGGAGGGAUGAGUCAAGCUUCUACUUCGUAUCAGGAGGAGUCUUUGGAAUCAAAGAUCAACAGAAUCAGCGAGAUGGUGGGAGAUAAUUUAAGGAUCAUGAACGAUCGUUUGUGUUUGAUUGAAAAAGACAGGAAACAGAUUAAAGAACGUGUGACAAACCUAGAGAAACUACAAAGAGUUACUUCAUAUGAAACUCCAAACAAUGAGGUAACUUUUUUUCGGAAAUUAAAAUUAAUGUUUAUCUAGUUCUUGAUUCAGUUUUGAGUUGUCAAGUAAUUUUGGAAGAUGUUAUACAUAUUUAGGCUUGCCUUCCUAAUUUUUGUUGUACUUGCACAGACUGACACAACUCCAUUUCAUGAGACGGCUUCCAGACAAGGUGAAGCCAAUGCAGAUCAAGCAGAUGAACAACUUAACAAUGAGGCAAGUAUAAUUUUGAAAACUGUUGGUAUUUAUAAAAUUAUGAAUUUGGUACGUGUUCAUAAUCCCAUUCCUGACAUCAGGAUACACGAGAGCCUAUGAAUGAGAUCACGAAAGAGACACCUGGUUCUCCAAUAGCUCAACAGAAUAUUGAGACUCCAGUCCUUACUCCAAUUCAGACGCAGCAGGAGACUCACGAGCUUAUGAAUGAGAUCAUUUCACCAAACAUUUCCGACACACAGCCAAAUACCCGAGCUCGCAGAAAUCUUUUAACAGAGCAAAAUAAGGAUGUAGAAAGCAGAGUUCAAAAUCCCUUUGAGAUCGGAGCAAAUGUGGAGAUUUCAUCACAAGAUGACAAUACUUGUCAUAAAUGGUAUCCAGGAAAUGUGUUGGCAACAUAUUUGGUUGAUGGGGUUGAGAUGGUGAAAGUUGAGUACUUCGUCCCGUCUCUGGACGAAAAGAAGAGGAAAAGGAGUGUUGAGACACGUGUAUCAAUUGACAGAAUACGUCCUCAACCACCACCUGAGAGAUCUGGAGCGAAGAAAAGUUAUGAGCUAAUGCAGGACGUGGAGGCGUUCGACAAUGGUGCCUGGUGCGCUGGAAAAGUUAAAGUCAUUUUGUUUGAUGGCUCGUGUUUUGUCUCUUUGAACAAUUCUAAAGAACAAAUUUACUUCCACCAUUCUGAGAUGCGAAAACCAAGAAAAUGGGUAGAUGGUGUUUGGGAGAUGACAAAAAAGAUGGAAGAAGAGCAGACGCAGAGUGUGAAUCCAAGUGAAGGAGAUGGUGAUAAAAAGGGGAAGGCGAAGGCUGUCGCUUGUAAGAAAAAUGAAGCAGCUGGUCCAUCAGAAGAUGGUGUUGGGAAAAUGGCAAAAGAGGUAAUAAAAAUGAAUAAGAUCCACUUGAAUUGAAGUUCAGGUCAAUAGUUUGAUAUAUCGGUUUUGUUUCACAGAUAGAA